CUCCUUGCCUUCUGCACAUGCAGCAUCUAUGCGCUAAACUCAUCUUAUUGUCCUGCUUGCAUGAAUGGUUGUGAAAUUAAUUAUUUGCGGAUUAAUCUUUAAAAGAGAAUGAACAUCUGCUGUUCAUCUUAAUUUGUCAAAGAUGCAAUUUUGGUUGCUGUUCUAGUUUUGUAGUAUGCAAUUAUUAAGGUAGAUGUAAUAAUAAGUAACAGGCUGUGCCUGUCAUUUGAACUAUACCAAGUAUGUCGCUUUGCAAGCCUUAUAAUAUGGACAGAAUAUGGGUUUUAUGCGCAGUAGGCCUAUACUUAGCGUUUUUAUCUUGUUGCUCGGCUGCGCCGAGGAACUGGUCUGGAACUGGGAUACAGGCUGAUAUUCCCAGUGAUAAGAAUAACGGUCACCAGCAGGCAAUAGAUGACCAAGAACAUAUUCUAUCUCAGCUGCUGGGUGAUUAUGACAAAGUGAAAGCCAUCUCGGAAGGCUCUGACUGUCGGUGUAAAUGUGUUGUCAGACCCCUGAGCAGGAGCGCCUGCCGGCGGAUAGAAGAGGGCAGCGCCACGGCGCAGGACUUCUACACCGUGGAAACUAUAACUUCAGGUCCGCCUUGCAAGUGCGCCUGCAUCGCUCCUCCGUCUGCGGUCAAUCCAUGCGAGGGGGAAUUCAGGUUGAAAAAGCUUAGGGAAGCUGAAAAAGAAAAUGUCAAGCUCUCUGCCAUCAUUGACCUACUGGAGGGAUCCUUUUAUGGCCUGGAUCUUCUAAAGUUGCACUCUGUUACCACAAAACUCGUGAGACGGGUGGAGCAUAUCGAAAAGGCACAGGCGGUGUCUCUGAACCACACUGCAGCUGCGGCCCAGCCCCUGACCAGUCCUCUCUCCCAGGGCGGUCUGGUCACGGAACGCCCCGCUGCAACCAGCCCACCCCAGCACCUGGGUCCUGAACAGAAGGCCAAGAGUCUUGGCCAGAAAAGUGACAGAGCAGCUGCAUACCACGUUCCAGACGCAAAGUAUGAGGAAAAGUUUCAUGGCGGACGAGGAUCCGGGCCGACAGAGGAGCGCUCUGAUGGCGCGAUGCAAGAGAAACGCGAGCCGACCCCCAGAGUGGAGACCUCUCUCCAGGGGGGUUCUAAGGGUCCAAAGACCGCUGCCAACGGCAUGAUCAUCAGAGGCAUGACGUUUUAUAAAUCUGAGCCGGAUCCAAUGGUGGCUGACGACGGGGAACCCGGGGAGAACUUUUUCGAGUACCACGGCUUCAGCGGCGAUGGGCCGGCCGAUCUGUUCAUCGAGGAGCAGCUCCUGCAGCCUCGAGCUCCUCACCCGACCAGGGUCCGCGCGAGGCCAGUACUGGGAGAACCCCGCCCCAGGAUGACCGGCACUGUGGGCGGGGACGACCGCAAGACCGGCCGCGACCCGGCCGAGGCGGAACCAACAGCCCCCGAGCCGGGAGUUCACAAUGUCCCCAGAGGUGGCGCGUCGACAGCGCCGGAGAAGGGACAGAGCACGGGGUCGACUGUCGGAGGCAUCGCCGCGAGGUCCUCCGAAACCCCCGCCACAGGGCGAGGCUCCGGCAGAACAACUCGACGGCCGAUCACCCUGACCGCCAAACGAAUUAGAACCUCGGAAACAAGCUUUGCCGCAAAGGAGCCGACGAAGACCGUCGUUGGCUCCACCAGAACCACCGUCACCGUUCCCACGCCGACCACCAAGGGAACCCCGAGAAAAUCCGCAGCCAAAGGGGGGACUUCUGCUACGGAAGCCCCUGAAACCAUGGUCACCAACGACACAAGGCAAAGUACGGUCGGGGGUUCAAAAGUUGGGCGUAGCACUCAAGGAUCGCCCUUCACCGAAGAGCGAGCAACCGAAUCAUCCAUCUCCAGGGUUAGGGUGGCACCUGUGGCGCAAACACCCCCCAUUUUGUCUCCUCCAUCGGCUCAACCCAUCCACACAGCCUGGACCGCUGCUGCUUCGACUCAGCCCAUUAUUUCUGGUACCGCCUCUACCACGGCCACUUCUACCACCACCACCACCACCACCUCUCCCACCACCACCACCACCCUCACCUUCACCACCCCCCCAAUAACUACCCCAACAAAACUCGUGGGACGGGUGGAGCAUAUCGAAAAGGCACAGGCGGUGUCUCUGAACCACACUGCAGCUGCGGCCCAGCCCCUGACCAGUCCUCUCUCCCAGGGCGGUGUGGUCACGGAACGCCCCGCUGCAACCAGCCCGCCCCAGCACCUGGGUCCGGAACAGAAGGCUUUCACCACCCCCCCAAUUAGUACCCCAACCCCUACUACGACUUCCACUACCACCCCUGCUACCACCCCUGCUACCACCACCACCACCACCACCACCACCACCACCUCCACCACCUCCACUGCCAGAGCGACUGCUCCAGUGAGAUACAAAGCAACAUACAAGAUCAGCUGGGACGAGGUGGAGACAGGGCAUCAAGGCCCACCGACAGAAGCUGAGCCCGUGCCAAGACCGGCGGAACCAACGGCAAGGAAAACUGGACAGUGCCAGGACACGUUGGCCACCAUCUCCGAACCAGUUACCCAUAACACCUAUGGGAGGAACCAGGGAGCCUGGAUGAAAGACCCCAAGUCGACCGGCGACAAAAUCUACGUGGCAGACUACUAUUACGGGAACACCCUGCAGGAGUUCCAGAACAUGGAGGUCUUCAAGACAGGUCGCUUCACCACCUCCUACAAGCUGCCGUACAACUGGAUCGGCACGGGUCACGUGGUCUACAACGGCGCCUUCUACUACAACCGGGCGUUCUCCCGGGACAUCAUCAAGUACGACCUGCGGCGCCGCGCCGUGGCGGCCUGGACCCUGCUGGACAACGCCGUGUUCGAGGACUCGUCGCCGUGGGAGUGGCGCGAACACUCCAACAUCGACUUCUCGGCGGACGAGAGCGGCCUGUGGAUCCUGUACCCGGCGCUGGACGAGGAGGGCUUCCUGGACGAGGUGAUCGUCCUGUCCCGGCUGGACCCCUCGGACCUCAGCCAGGACCCCGGGACCACUUGGAGGACGGCGCUGCGCAGGAACCACUACGGGAACUGCUUCGUGGUGUGCGGCGUCCUCUACGCCGUGGACAGCCACAAGAAGAGCGACGCCAAGCUGGCGUACGCGUUGGACACGCACACCCACACGCAGAUGGUGCCCGGGAUGCCCUUCGUGAACCGCUACAACUACACGGCGCAGGUCGACUACAACCCCCGGGAGGGCGUGCUGUACGCGUGGGACAACGGACGCCAGGUCACGUACGACGUCAAGUUGGCCUACGGAGACCCUUGACGGGGGAGGGGCGGCGCACCAAGUACUUUGAGUAUUUUUGUAUUCGAAAAAUUUAGAAAAAAAAGAUAUUCUAUGAUUUUAAGGGUGGAUUGUAGACCAGUUCACGGGAAUGUUAUAUUGUUAAAAAUCCGAAAAAACAAAAUGUUUUGUACUUCAGUCAACAGGUUGAAUUGUAUAUACUGUGUAAUGAACCACUGUGAUGUACAUGAAUGUAGAAGAUGUGGCAGAGCCAGUCCCCCAAAAUCAAGGCUUGGAUCCCCCCCCCCUCCAAAAAAUAGCUACCCCAUUCAAAGCCCAUUUUCUUUUUUAUUCACUUCCUUUUUGUAUUUUUUUUAUAUACCAUUUUGUAAGGUGUGUUUGCACACAGAUGUACGUCCGUCUGUGUGGUAAGAUCACAGAAAGCACUUACUCCCUCCAGAUCAGAUUGAAGGCGUUGAGAAGACUACAAUAAACAUCUGAAGUAAUAAAAAGCUCCCAAUGUUUGUGUUCACACAUGGCAGUAAGCUGCCACUUCCCGAGUGUUCAGUGCUCAAGACAGCUCAGGGUUUCUGUGCCUUUGCCGUUUCAGCAUUUACAAAAUGCAUUUCACAAAGUAAAAAAAAUAUUGAAGAAUAUAUACUUUCAUACAAAUAACAAAUAUAUACCUAUGUGAAAAAAAUGUAUUAAAACAAUCUAAAAUGGUAAGAAA